AUGGACCAGGUGAGCGGCCCGAACGACGACGCGCUGCGCCGCCACAAGGAGUACUUCCUCCAGUACCUCGAGUCGGACGAGUCGCUCCUGCCCGAGAAGAUCCGCGCCCUCGCCGACGCCGACGGCCAAGGGCCCAAGCGCCUCCUCGUCGACUUGAACCUCCUGCGCGUCUACGAUGCCGGCUUCACGGCCGGCAGCGACGAAGCCAACAUCGUGUCGCGCCUUUUGCAGCAGCCGGCCGAGUACCUGCCCGCGCUCCAAGACGCCGUGCGCGAGGCCGUCCUCCACGCCCAGAGCUCGUACAACCCCAAGGCCGUCAACACAAACGAUGUGUCCCAGAUCCAAGUGGGCCUCGAAGGCGACUUUGGCGCCCACUUUGUCACACCGCGCGGGCUCGUCGCGACCUUUCUCUGUCAGUGCGUGUGCGUCCAGGGCAUCGUGACCAAGGUCUCGGCCGUGCGCCCCAAAGUCGUCAAGUCGGUGCACUACUGCAAGGAAACCAACGUCAUGAUCGCGCGCGAGUACCGCGACCAUACAUCGCUCACGGGGAUCCCGACGACGAGCGUGUACCCGACCAAGGACGAGAACGGCAACUUGCUCGAGACCGAGUUUGGUCUUUGCCAGUACAAGGACUACCAAGUCAUUACGAUCCAAGAGACCCCCGAGACGGCGCCGCUCGGUCAAUUGCCGCGGUCAUCCGACGUCAUUGUCGAGUCGGACCUUGUCGACAAGUGCAAGCCCGGUGACCGCGUCCGCGUCAUCGGUGUCUUUCGCGCAAUGGCGUCGGCCAACGCGGCGUCAACCUCGGGCGUCUUCCGCACCAUGCUCCUCGCCAACAACAUCCAGCUCAUGGGGAAGGAGGUCAACGGUAUCGUCAUGACGACCGAGGAUCUCAUGAACGUGCGCGAAUUCGCCAAGCGUCCCGAUGUCUUUGACAUCCUCGCGCGGUCGAUUGCGCCGUCCAUCUACGGCCACGCCGAGAUCAAGCAGGCGCUGCUCUUGCAACUGCUCGGCGGUGUCGAGAAGAACCUCGAGAAUGGCACGCACUUGCGCGGUGACAUCAACGUGCUCAUGGUCGGUGAUCCGUCGACGGCCAAGUCGCAGCUGCUGCGCUUCGUGCGGACGAUCGCGCCCCUCGCCGUCAACACGACGGGCCGCGGAUCGUCCGGCGUCGGUCUCACGGCCGCCGUGACGAUGGACCCGGAGACCAAGGAGAAGCGGCUCGAAGCCGGUGCUAUGGUCUUGGCCGACCGUGGCAUUGUGUGCAUUGAUGAGUUCGACAAGAUGAGCGAGGCCGACCGCGUCGCGAUCCACGAAGUCAUGGAGCAGCAGACGGUCACGAUCGCCAAGGCCGGGAUCCACGCGACGCUCAACGCGCGCUGCUCGGUGCUCGCGGCCGCCAACCCCGUGUACGGGCAGUACAACAAGAACAAGCGGCCACAAGAAAACAUUGGGCUGCCCGACUCGCUCCUCUCGCGCUUCGAUUUGCUCUUUGUCGUACUCGACAAGCUCGACCGCGGCGCCGAUCGAUGCAUCUCGGACCACGUGCUCCGCAUGCAUCGGUACGUCGUGCCGGGCCAAGAAGGCAUCCCGCUCUCGUUUGAAGUGAGCUCGACCGACCACCAAACCAACGUGACGUCGGGCGAUGACGCGGUCGCGGACUCGAUCUUUCAAAAGUUUGACCCGCUCCUGCACGGCAACGUCUCGGCGGCGACGCACCUCAAGGACAACGGGACGGGCGUCUUGACGCUCGAGUUUUUGAAAAAGUUUAUCUUUUACGCCAAGACGCGCUUCCAGCCGCUGCUCACGGACGCCGCGAUUGACGUCAUCUCGGAAGGGUACGCCGAACUCCGGUCGCAGCAGACGGCCCGGACGCUCCCGGUCACGGCGCGUACGCUCGAGACGCUCAUUCGUCUUGCGAGUGCGCACGCCAAAGCUCGCCUGAGCAAGCAGAUCGAGCUCGACGAUGCCAAACGCGCCAUGGCCCUCAUGAACUACGCCCUCUACAACGAAGCGUCGCACGAGAGCGUUUUGCCCAAGACAGACACCGCUGUCGACGACGACGACACGGUCGACGAGCCCACCGUCGUGAUCCAAGACGACGACGAAGAAGUCGAGGACGAUAUGCCAUCGCGCAAGAAGCGCAAGGUCGCGAGUGCGCCAACGCCCGCAGUGGACGACGCCCCGAUCGAGAUGGACCUCCUCGGCCACAUCGCGCUGCUGCUCAACGAGAUGCGCAGCGAAGAAGGCGGCGACGAAGACAUGAUCGCGGUCAAGACCAUCUUGGCGAAUUUGAAAAAGGCAGGCGUGCGCACGAGCCGCGCCGCGGUCACGGCGGCGCUCACGACGCUGGAGCAAGAGAACAAGGUCAUGUACCUCCGCGACGACGACGCCGUCAUGUUCGUAUAA